AUGUACUCUGUUAUCCUACAGCAAAGUCAUAGUCAGCAAGAAACAGGCAGCAGUGCAGAAAAGUCCAUCAAAGAGACACUUGAGAGGAGAGCCAGACUCUUAACAGCUCGAGCAGCUGCCUGCUUCUCAGCAGGAGACCGCACACUGGAAGCCUGCCAAGAUCUUGGCAAGGCAUUCCAGAUCAAUCCCGCCACUACUCAAGUUUAUUUCCAAAAGCUCUUUACCGAUAAGGGCACAGGGAUGGCCGCACGCAACCACCUGUGCCAGCAGGCGGAGCGGGGCCUGUCUGGCUACAGGGAGAGGGUCACUAGUCGUCCAGACCUUCGGUCCACUGAUGGAGUAGAGCUUCUGGACCCUGUCAUAACUCAGUUACGGACUCUGUGCCAUUUGGAGCCAGACGGUGGAGGCAGAGAGCUGCGGGUUCGUCUGACUGAUUGUCUCCUUCUCAGAGGGGAGCACAAAGAGGCCCUCUCCAUAUGUGGUCAGCUUGCUGCUUCCAAAGGUCAGCAGAGCUACCAGAACACAGUGCGGGUCCUUCGCGGGUAUGCGCGACUUCUCUCCGAUGACCACAAAGGAGCGCUAGAGGAUUUUCAGGCUGUGAUUGGACACAGCGCCCCGCAUCCUUCCAGCUGUGUGCGGGCGCUCUGUGGCAGGGGUCUCCUGCGCAUGCUGAGCAGCUCGUACUACCUUGCGGCGUUGGACUAUGUGACAGCCAGCAGGCUGCAGCCUCGGGAAGCUGCACUGACGGUGCGCUGCUUGGUGCCAUGGAACUGCCGAGGGCUGCUGUUUACCUGUUUACUGGAGCAAGGAAGAGUGAUGCUGGAGGGAAUGAAGGAGAAGCAACCCACCUGCAGCACUGAUGAGCACUCCCAUCUGCACCUGGGAGAAGAUCAGCUCCAGCCCCCAUCUAAGAGAGACACCAACAGAACUGGGUAUGAUGGAGCACCAGCGUACACGCACGCAGCCAAACCAGAUUUUAUUGAAAGAUUUUGUCCCUGGUCAUGUGCGAAGUUGCUUUCUUUCCAUCUUAGGACACCUGCUGGAGUCCAGUCACUGGCAGCACUUCUGAUGGAGCUCCAGCCCAGUGCUGAUGGAGCUCAAAUCCUGGCAGCAGAUGCCUUGUAUCAGCUUGGCCGAGUGGAGGAAGCAUACCGGCUGCUGCUUGCUGUUGGGCCCACCAGCCCCCGAGCACCCAUCCUGGCGCGCCUCACACUGCUGCAGCUACACAGAGGCUUCCUUUAUGACACCAACCAGGUAUGUAAAUGUAGGCUGGAGAGCCUGAACGUGGAACCCAGAGAUGCUAACACGUGGCACAACAGAAGGACCGGGCCCUUCUGCAGGGACACUGUCACUCUGCUGCAAAACGCAUCCUGGAUGGCACAGUGGAAGAGAGCGCUGUCAGGGAGGCGGGUGGCGUAUCUGUCCAUUGCGAUCAUGGCUUCUGGUGGUGAGGCUGCUGACUCCUUGCUGGAGAGAGCGAGGUGUUACGCCUUGCUGGGCCAACGAAAAACUGCCAUCUUUGAUUUCAGCACUAUUCUGAAAGAGAACCCGAAACAUGUGCAGGCCUUGUGUGGAAGAGGCUUCACCUAUCUCAUGCUCAACCAACAAAAGGAGUGCACUGAGGACAUCCUGGUGGCUCUUCACAUUAACAGCAACACGGUCACUAAGGACAUCCUGUCGCUCAAGGACAAGGCUCAGAAGCUGGUUUGUGAUUGGAUGCAUCAGUUGUGUCGGUCCAAACUGUCAGAUGUCCUUGUUGCAAAUGCUGUCCCCUGUCAGGAGGAGCAGCUCAGAGAGACUUUAUGGCAUCUCCUCCAUGUUGACAUACUCUUAGCCAAGGAGAAUGAAAGCAGCAGCUGCUCACCUGGUACAGGUGUUUGGCCAGGAGCCCAGGGAUGGCGCGGCCCAGGCCGGGUGGGCGUGGUGGAGGCGUGGCAGCAGAACUACCACAGUGCAGCUCACAGGUUCAGCAAACUGAUUGAGAAAGACCCCUCGAGUCUGGAGUUUUUGCUGGAUUUGAUCCCCUUAAAUCAGCAAAAACGCGUGGCACAGGCUGCAGCACAGGAGGCGAGCAGCAUGUCCUCAGGGGGUCAGUGGGACCUGGCUCUGCCCCUGCUGACUGUGGCAGUCCAAGUAACAGGUAACCAUAAACUCCAGUACUUACGCCAGCGAGCCGCCUGCCUCGCCCAGCUGGGCUUACAUGAGCAGGCUGUCGCCGACCUGGACAGAGUGAUCCAGAAACACAGUCGCUGUGAGUCCAGUUGCUCAGAAGACGCAUGCAUCCAGGCCGAGGAUCUGUGUCGGCGAGGUCGCAGCCACGUGCUCUGUAGCAGACAAGGUCUGGCUGUGGAGGACUUUAGCCGAGCCCUGGAGCUCCACAGGGACCAGGCCAUCCGAUGCAUAGAAGCUGGACUAGGGAGGCAGCAUGUGUCCGAAUGCUUCCUGCGGGGGGCGCUGCAGCAGUACGGGGAGCAGCAGCUCAGUAAAGCCUGGGCAAUGAUUGAAUCCGGACUGCUGGUGGACGGUGAGAACACAGAACUCCGUGGACUGAGGGCAAAGGUCAAACGAGAGGUCUCCAGCCCCUGCAUUGUUGGCUAGUGCUGACAUUUGCACAGGAUCUUAAACAGCAC